CACCUCCUCCCGCCCCUCCUCCUCCAGCCGCACCCUUCCUCCCCUUAUGCAGACCAUCAAGUGUGUCGUUGUUGGAGACGGAGCUGUGGGCAAGACGUGCCUGCUCAUCUCGUACACCACCAACAAAUUCCCCUCUGAAUAUGUGCCAACCGUCUUCGACAACUAUGCCGUCACAGUCAUGAUUGGCGAUGAGCCAUACACGCUCGGUCUUUUCGACACAGCAGGUCAGGAAGACUACGACAGGCUGCGACCGCUUUCCUACCCACAGACCGAUGUAUUUCUGGUCUGCUUCAGCGUCACAUCGCCCGCCUCGUUCGAAAACAUCAAGGAGAAGUGGAUCCCAGAGGUUGUCCAUCACUGCCCAGGUGUCGCUUGUCUCGUUGUGGGGACGCAGUGUGAUCUGCGCGACGAUCCAGCAGUGAUUGAGAAACUCUCAAGGCAGCGUCAGCGGCCCAUCAGCAUCGAGCAGGGGGAACGCUUGGCUAGAGAGCUAGGUGCAAUCAAGUAUGUCGAAUGCUCAGCCCUGACACAGAAGGGCCUGAAGAAUGUGUUUGACGAAGCGAUCGUUGCGGCACUCGAGCCUCCGGCGACAAAGAAGAACAAGAAGAAGUCCAAAUGUGCCAUUGUAUAGGAUUGCUUCCAUG